UGUCUUUUCUCCAGCUGCUAAAGUUUCUGACCGACCUGAUACGAGGUUAUAUCAAUUCAGGCAGGAUGCGUGUUGUGUUGAAGGGUCUGAAAAAUGGUAGUGUCAUCGUGGACUAUGACAUCAUCACGAACGCUGCCGAUAACUUCACAGUGGCGAACAUUAGCCAAGAUUUCAACGAUGCGCUGAACCAGAGCUCGGUGCUGGUAAUCGAUCCAAAAUUAACAACAUACAGUGCCCAAAACAGUUGUGCCGUGGAGUUUAACAGAUGCUCUCAAUAUGCCACCUGCACAUCCAAUAUGGGGGUAUCUACUUGCAAGUGCAAUCCUGGAUAUUACGAUUUUAGCCCAUCUGCUCCUGGAAUACAGUGUGAACUUGAUGAGUGUUCCACUGGCAGUAACACGUGUUCGCUAAACGCCACCUGUACCAAGAUAGUUGGAGGUUACACAUGUCAGUGCAAUUCCGGAUUUCAGGAUCAAUUGCCCACCAGCCCCGGUCGGUUCUGCACAGAGAUAAAUGAGUGCACCAAUGGAAACAACAACUGCUCACAGCUCGCUUCCUGUACCAAUACUGUGGGAAGCUACACCUGUAACUGCUAUCCAGGAAUUCAGGAUCAGAACCUAACCAACCCUGGGCGAGACUGUCUAGAUCCCGUGCUCUGCUUUAGCAAAGCAACUUUUUGUUCUCCAAGUUCUUCCUGUUUGGAUUCCAAAAACGUGAUUUGUGCAAGUAACCAAGCUUUUCCAUCCAGUGUGCAGAUGAAGGAUAAGGAUUUCACAUCAGAUCUAUAUGAUGCCUCCAGCCAAGCUUACAUUAACCUCGCUCACCUUUUCACUGUCAAUCUCACCGAUUACAUGAAAACCACUCUGAAUGUCACCAACUUCCAGAUCAUUGUGGUUGGCUUCAGGAAGGGAAGCGUGGUCGCCCACUUCACGUCACUGAUAAACUCCUCUGACUCCAUUAGUUUUGACCAAUUCCAGAAGGCUCUGAAUAGCGGCAUGAGUAAAAUUUCUGGCGACUUCGUACUCAAUGUCAUGCCCCCAAUAACCACAACCGGCACAACCACCCCUAGUGACAACACCUGGAGGACUGCCACCAUCAUCGUUGCUGUACUUCUGGGGGCAUUUCUGCUAAUAGUGGUCAUUCUGGCCGCCGUGUGGAUCUACACCAAGAACAGAAUGGGCUCAUUCUCCCCAAUGAAGGACAUCACAUCGUCCAUGUAUAGGCACCUAUAACCUGUGACAUAAUGGACUUCUGUUGUCUUCCAGCAUAUGGACUAAGAAUGGAAAUGGACUUCAUCGCUUCUGCUGCCUGUGGGAUGCGCAGCUCACUAUUAGCACUGUACGAUCUGUAAAAUAUACAUACUGCAUGUCUGUAUGGAGCAUAAAUGGCCAGUUGUGAUGUACAGGCUUAUCUAGUAGUUGCUUAGUGCAAUGCCCCUAGUAACUAGUUGGAUUUCACGUCACGGAAAUAUGAAUUCUGGUUACUAUGGGCUGCUACCCUUUUUCAAUUAUUAUUAAAUACGAGUAACAGCGUGUUGAUCACUCUGGUUACCUCUAGUCGUAGCGCACUGCCAUUGUGCCAUUGGGUGUGUUAUAUACAGCACAGUAUGUAUCAGGGCCGGCCCUACCAUGGGACCCGAUGGUACCAUUGUACCAGGCAGCACUUUCAGGAGGGCAGCAAAUUG